UCCACUCCUCUUCCCUCGCUUCAAGCGAAACAAAGGUCGCUCUUUUACUUCUUCCGUGAUCAGAGGCGCAGAGCUGCGAGCCCUGCCGCAAUGGUGACCGAGAUUUAUAUAGUAGAGCUAUAUGUCAGACCUUACCAAACUUGAGGAAAUUUGACCAUCAAAGUACUACUCCAUGUAUGGACAUGUCGAAAAGCUAGCAGAGGAGAUCCAAAAGGGCGCCUCAUCUGUUGAAGGAGUGGAAGCUAAACUUUGGCAGGUACCCGAGACUUUGCCGGAGGAGGUACUUGCAAAGAUGGGUGCACCUCCUAAGGGCAAUGCACCCAUCAUUACACCAAAGGAACUUGCUGAGGCAGAUGGACUUUUAUUUGGGUUCCCAACUAGAUUUGGCAUGAUGGCAGCACAGUUCAAAGCAUUUCUUGAUGCAACCGGAGGACUAUGGAGAGCACAGCAGCUGGCAAGCAAGCCAGCAGGAAUAUUUUACAGCACUGGAACACAAGGCGGUGGUCAGGAGACUACUCCUUUAACAGCGAUAACUCAGUUGGUCCACCAUGGGAUGAUCUUUGUGCCGAUUGGCUACACCUUUGGUGCCAAAAUGUUUGAUAUGGGGAAAAUAAAGGGUGGCAGCCCUUAUGGUGCAGGCACAUUAGCUGGGGAUGGAUCCCGAUACCCAUCGGAGGUUGAGCUGGAGCAGGCUUUUCACCAGGGAAAAUACUUUGCUGGCAUUGCAAGGAAGCUAAAGGGAUCCUCCUGAUGUCAGCCCAGAUAGAAUUAUCAUUGGAUUGCCGGAUAAACAUAACUCUUUGUUUAUGUUUGAAGUCAGUGAGUUUUUUGAGCUUUCAUAUAAGUUUACAUAUCCUGGUGCAAACUCUUCCAUCAAUAUCAUGUCAUCGUUCACAAUUUGGGUUUCAUGUUGCUGUUGAUCUUUUUCCUGGAUGGCCUACUUUGAGAAGCAGCACUGUUCCUUGUAUUUAGCUGUCUGAUGCCGUUAAUGAGAAGCACCAUUUGCUUCCAUAUCAUUUCAAAUGUAUUUUUUUG